GUUUGAAUGGUCAAGGCUUUUGGCUGUUAAUCUUACUCUUAGGCUGUAACUUCAACCUUCUGCUGAGAGAAGCGGCGAAACCAGACCCUGGCCUAUCUGGUCAAGAGGCAUAGAUGUCUGGUUAAAUCGCCUCCUUUACCUCAGAUUUUUCUUUAAUUCUUCUAGAAUCUUCGCUGGUGUCUGAUUUUCCUGCUUACUUUCAUUCCUCCUGAAGGCAAGUCUCGGACUCAAACCUGCGAACUCGGAGACCAUGUCUGCAGAAUUCUCAUCCAAAAGAGAGGAGGGAAGCCUUGCCUCAGGACCUAGUUUUAGGUCCAAUCAGAGGAAGAUAUUAAACCUGCUCCUUGAGAGAGAUGCCUCCUUUUCCAUCAGUUCAGAUCUCCCUACAACUCCAGUGGAGAAGAAACUUUUUGGUGACUCUGCAAACCUAAGCAUUUUGUCUGGAGGAACCCCAAAACGUCGCCUUGAUCUUUCAAAUCUUAGCAGCGGGGAGAUGUCUGCCACUCAGCUUACUGCUUCUGCAGACUUUGAUGAAACUGGUCAUUUGGAGUCUACAGGACCUGAGCAAGUACAGUUAGCUGGAAUGAAUUACCGCCAACAUCUCAUAAAAUGUAGCCCAGCACAGCUGUUUUGUAGCACUCCGAAUGCCUUGGACCAUGGCCGCAGGAAGAAAGAUACAAUAUGUGGCUCAUCUGCAAAUAAGGAAAAUGACAAUGGAAACUUGGUGGAAAGUGAAAUGAAACAUCUGGGCAGUCCCAUUACUACAGUUUCAAAAUUACAUAAAAACCCAGAGCUAGCAGAAUAUCAGGCAGAAGAGGUACCAGAUGAAUUGAUGGAGUUUUCACUGGAAGAUCAAGAAAAGGCCAAGCCACCUCUGAACUGGAGCUCCCUGUAUCGCUCCUCGUCAUUGCCAGACAUCUUGAACAGUCCAAGUCUGAAGCAGGUGGUAAAAUUCAAGGACAGCACAAUACCAGAUAAAGUAAAAAAGAAAUAUUGUUCAAACCACAAAGAGCUCAGAAAGGGCUUAGGUCUAAAGAAAAUGGUCUCCCUCUGUGACAUCAAUAUGACUCAGAUGCUGGAGGAAGAUUCAAACCAGGGGCCUCUGAUUGGUGAUUUCUCCAAGGUAUGUGCACUGCCAACCGUGUCAGGGAAACACCAAGAUCUGAAGUACGUCAACCCAGAAACAGUGGCUGCCUUACUAUCAGGGGAGUUCCAGGGUCUGAUUGAGAAGUUUUAUAUCAUCGAUUGCCGCUAUCCAUAUGAGUACCUGGGAGGACACAUUCAGGGAGCAUUAAAUUUGUACAGCCAAGAAGAACUGUAUAACUUCUUUCUGAAGAAACCCAUUGUCCCUUUGGAUAACCAGAAAAGAAUAGUCAUCGUGUUCCAUUGUGAAUUCUCCUCUGAGAGGGGUCCCCGAAUGUGCCAUUCUCUGAGAGAAGAGGACAGGGCUCUGAACCAGUAUCCUGCACUAUACUACCCAGAACUAUACAUCCUCAAAGGGGGCUACAGAGACUUCUUUCCAGAAUAUAUGGAGCUGUGUGAACCACAGAGCUACUGCCCAAUGCAUCACCAGGACCAUAAGGCUGAGCUGCUGAGGUGUCGAAACCAGAUCAAAGCAUGGGAAGGAGAGCGGCAGCUGCAGGCGCAGAUUGCCUUGCUGGUGAAGGAUGUGAGCCCAUGAUAUCAGGUCAUCUACUGGCUGCCUGGGACUCACCAAAAGGCACUGUAGAAACCCUGAGCAGAAAGAGACCAUCUUCUAUGCAGCCUCUUUCCAUUCUAAGAUGUUAAAAGAUGUCAGCAAACCAACAGGCUGCGAAACUAAUGAAAUCCCAGGCGUGGGGAUUGGUUACAUUUUAGUAGAGCUGCUGGCUAGUGAGGAAGUCCUUGAGCUAGUUCUCUAAGGUUGGAGCCUUGGGUUGCAUGGAGAUUUAUGUUGCUUCAGGGGGCUGUUGCAUUCCUCUUCCUAACUAUUCGCGUCUUCUCAGAGGUCAGCCAGAUCUUUCUCCUGAGCUCUAGCUAUGCAAGAGAGAGUUGAGAGAAUUGUCCAUCUUCUUUCUCUAUAUUUUCCUUCUUUGUCUCCCUCCCUCUUCUUUUUUUAAAAAUGGAAAUAUAAACAUUGAUGAAUGAGAAAAAAUCCUGGAAGAUGUAUGUGAGGAAGUAAUCACCACAUUUGAACUCCUUCAGACAAAGAUGUAGCCAUCUCUAUUCAUAGCUGAGGCCAAAGUGCUUUUCUCCAGACCAUGGUUCUCAAAGUUUGGGCCCUGGUCCAUCAGCAUUUCUGAACUUUGCUUGAAAUGCAGGUUUUCACAGCCCACUCCAGACCUGCUAAAGCAGAAUGUCUGAGGUUAGGGCACAGAAAUCUGGGUUUUAAAAAUCUCCCUUUCAGGUGAUUGUGAUGCAUGUCAAGGCUUGAGAACUGCAGCUCUGGAAUUAAAGAAAACCUUUUAAAUGGAA